AUGGUUAUCAAAAAGGCGAUGAAGUAUUUACUCCUGGCAAUUUCUAUGAUUAUUGCAGUGAAUAAUUGCAUUUCAUUAGGAUUAGGUGGUGGGGAUACGCUUCUACCGGGGGACUUGCUGGCUGGAAAUCAGGCCAUAACGUCAAAGAAUGGCACGUUUGCAUUGGGAUUUUUCAGUCCGAAAGGAACGAAUAACUGGUACAUUGGCAUCUGGUACGCACGAAUGUCUCCGAAGACCAUAGUUUGGGUGGCAAACAGAGAUAAACCUGUCAGAAGCAUGCCUGGCGUCCUGAAAUUUUCAAGCCACGCUCGUCUCGGACUGUUUGAUAGAGAGGGCCGGUCAGUGUGGUCGCCUGAUCCUGUUCUGAAAGGAUCGCGGGCAAUUAUAAGCGAAUCUGGUAAUUUCAUCAUGCUGGGUGAUGGGCAAAACAAGUCCGAGAUUGUUUGGGAGAGUUUCACUCAUCCGGGAGAUACAUGGUUGCCUGGCAUGAAGAUGUGGAAAGGCAUGAAGUUAACUUCGUGGAAGAGCUCUGUGGAUCCUGCAACUGGGCUUUUCUCUAUGGGAAUGGACAUCUCUCCAGGAAAGACGCAGAUGUUGAUGGUCUAUAACAACAGUAAUCCAUAUUGGUACAGUGGAGAAUGGACUGGCAAUUCCUUUGCCAACGCUCCAGAGGCGUAUAUUCCUAACAAAUUCGUAGUAUCCUGUGUGACGGUUUCUCCUUCAAGCAUAUACGUUAGUUAUAGCAUAUUCCCGUCAGUACACAUCCUGACAGGGAAGUUGCAGGUAGAUGAGAAGGGCCACAUAGGUCUUUACUUCGGGAUGGAUGAUUGUACCUGGAGUCAGGUACGGUCGUCAUACGGAGGUCAGUGCAAUAAGUAUGAUAUCUGCGGGCCGUAUGGACUGUGUAAUGGGAAUGAUACGUGUGGUUGUAUUGAGGGUUUCACACCCAAGAAUUACACUCAAGAUGUCUUUUCAAGUGGGUGUGCUCGGCGAAAACCCCUGCACUGCUCUGUCACAGCGGGCACCACCGACGGCUUCUUGGAAUCCAAGAACCGAUACUUGCCCAAAGAAAAAGCUGUCUCAUACAACAACGAGUCAACACUGCAAGGCUGCAGGACUGCUUGUCUCAAAAAUUGCUCCUGUACAGCUUUCGUUUUCUUUAUUUCUGAUCUACCUAUCUGCAGAAUGUGGUUUAGUGAACUUUUCAAAAUGGGCGUUUCAUCUGACAGCCAAUCUGUCUUCAUUAGGCUGGCUGCUUCUGAGUUGCCGCUCUUGACAUCAGAGAGGCGGAGGAAAGCCCCUGCACUUCACAUUUUACUUCCUGCUGCCGCGGCUUCCUCUUCUCUUUUAGGUAUCGUCUUGGCCGCAUUUAUUCUCUGGAAACGUCGAAGACUGUGGAAGAAGAGCGCGGAAGAGGAUGUGCCGACCUCUCUCAAAGCGUUCACUUACAAAGAGCUGCGAAUUGCAACCGAAAAUUUCAAGCAUAAGCUGGGAAGCGGUGCAUUCGGCUCUGUGUUCAAAGGCUCUCGAAGGCUACCGGUGUAUGCCUACAUGCCCAAUGGCUCUCUAAAUUCUUCUCUUUUCUAUGAAGAGGGAGAAGCAGGUAAGGUGUUAGAUUGGAAGACCCGUUUUGAGAUCGCACUGGGCACUGCACGAGGAUUAGUUUAUCUCCACGAGGAAUGCAAGGAUCGUAUCAUUCACUGUGAUAUAAAGCCUGAAAACAUUCUUUUGGACGGUGACUUCAGCCCGCAGAUAGCUGAUUUUGGUUUGGCAAAGUUGGUGGGCAGAGAUUUCAGUCGUGUAUUGACGACCACAAGAGGAACUCGAGGGUACUUGGCCCCCGAGUGGAUCUCCGCCCUUCCUAUCACUUCCAAGGUGGACGUAUACAGUUUUGGCAUGACGUUCCUGGAAAUUUUAUCGGGUCGCAGAAAUCUGGACUUGAAGGUGGAGGAGAGCAGAUUGUACUUUCCUACCUGGGCUUCAUCACAAAUUGGGAGAGGAAACAUAAUAGGUGUUGUGGAUGUAAGAAUAGCUAGCGAGGCGAAUAUCGAAGAGUUGAGAAGAGCCGCGGUGGUGGCGACGCUGUGCAUUCAAGAUGAUGAAGAUAGGAGGCCAAGCAUGGGUGAAGUGGUGAGAAUAUUAGAGGGGACGAUCGAGGCUCCUGCGCCAGAAAUUCCGAGGUCCCUACAGGUGCUGGUAGAUCAAGUAGAAGACAGGGACACUGCUUAA